UAGAGACAUAGGUUAUCCGUUGUAACGAGAAUUAGAAGCCAGAUAAACUUAGGCUUUCUUUCAUUCCGUCCGUAAUCAUUUGAAGCUAGCGCGAAUGCUUGUUUUACUCAUCACAUACGGUCGUGAACUAUUCAAUUUGUGUGUUGCCACGUGUUUGUUACUAGUAUCAUAGGAGAGUAUUGUAUUAACUAUGUCUUCUCUCGUGAACAAUAGAGAAGAAGCACGACCAGUCAGCACAACCACAUAUUACUUGGGGAUAGUGAAACAAGUCUUAUCGGGAGAUACUAUUGUAAUACGUGACAGACCCAUAAAUGGUCCUCCUCCAGAACGAACCAUUAUUUUGUCCAAUAUAUCAUGUGGUCGCGUUGCUCGUAAGCCGUCGACGGGAAUUCCCACUGGGACACCAGAAGAUCCGUUUGCUUGGGAGGCCAGAGAGUUUGUUCGUACUCUUUUAGUUGGUAAAGAAGUUUGUUAUUCUGUCGAAACAGAACAGCCAUCUGGUCGCAAAUAUGGAUGUGUGUAUGUUGGGAAAAAUAUCAGUGGGGAAAAUGUUGCUUUGUCCUUGGUGGAACAAGGCUUAGCUGAAGUAAGAAAGCUAAAUCCGACAGUAGCUGCCAAAAAUAAAAUUUACCAGCAACUAGUAACCGCUCAAGAACAGGCAAAGUCACUUGGUAAGGGUCGUUGGUCUCCCAACCUCCCUGUUACAAGAGAAAUCCUUUGGUCAGUCGAAAAUACUCGCAGCUUUUUUGAGAGCUACAAAAACCGACCACUUAAAGCUGUUGUCGAAAACGUUCGAGAUGGUUGUUCUGUACAAGUCUUCAUUCUACCUGAAUCCCUUAAUGAAAAGCCAAAUACAUUUGUAUAUGUUACUGUCACAAUGUCAGGGAUUAAAUCGCCAUCGAUACGUUAUGAGGAUGGAAAAAUUGUUCCCGACGCGUGGGGUCUCGAUGCGCUAUUCUUUACCGAAUCCAGACUACUACAGAGAGACGUUACUAUACUGUUGGAAUCCGUAUUUAAUCAAACUUUCGUCGGAAGCAUCCUUCACCCAAAUGGAAAUAUAGCUGAGUUGUUGCUGCGUCAUGGUCUUGCUCACUGUAUUGAUUGGAAUCUAAACUUAGUAAGCGUCCCAGGUGCUGCUGAAGCCUAUAAAAUAGCUGAAAGACUUGCGAAAGAAAAGCGACUACGCGUGUUUGAAAACUACCAGCCCACACAAACAACGGAAGUACAUGCAGACAGUCUUCAAACAGUUGUUCCGGGGAAAAUAUUCAGUGGAAUUAUAUGUGAAGUCGGAAACGGUGAUAACGUCUCUAUCAAGUGUUCAGAUGGUGUCCAUAAAUUCUUUCUAUCCAGCAUAAGAGCUCCACGACCACAGACCAGCAGCAAGGAAGACGAUUCUUCUGUCCAACGUGGUCGUAUUCGUCCGCUUUACGACAUACCUUAUGUGUUUGAAGCUAGAGAGGUACUUCGCCAGUUCGUCGGAAAACAAGUAACUGUUCAAGUUGAUUACAUUCAACCAAAGACAUCUAAUACUGUUGACGAACGUGUUUGUGCUACAGUGCGAGCUGAUGAUGUCAACCUUGCACUGACCUUAGUUUCAAAAGGUCUGGCCUCUGUAGUCCGUUAUCGAAACGCUAAUGAUUCUCGUUCUUUAUUUUACGGUGAACUUCUUGCGGCAGAAGAAAAUGCGCAGUCUAAGGGACUCGGAAUGUAUAGCAAACAGGAUCCCCCUAUUCAUCGUGUUGCCGAUCUCACAGGGAAUGUAGCUAAAUCUAGACAGUUUUUAUCUUUUCUACAACGUGCUGAGCGAUUGGACGGUGUGGUAGAGUUUGUAUUUAGUGCAAGCAGAUUCCGUAUUUAUAUACCUCGAGAGACAUGCGUCAUCACACUGUUGCUUGGAGGUAUUCAGUGUCCGCGCCGGGGAAGAGUGGGUCCAGAUGGUGUCGCUUUACCCGAUAUGCCAUUCAGUAACGAGGCCUACACGUUUGUUAAGGAAUUGUGCAUGCAUCGUAACGUUGAAAUUAAGGUAGAAACAAUUGAUAGAGUAGGGAAUUUCGUUGGCUAUCUUUUCGUGGACAUUCCUGCUCUGUCUAACAAUGGACCAGAUAUUAACAAGUCGUCAGGCAAGAAAAAGAAGAAAAAGGUUACCGAAACUACUGUUAGACAAAAAACAAAUCUAACUGUCUUACUAAUAUCUCAAGGUUUCGGUACUGUUCAUCGGGCUCCCACAACCGAACGAUCACCUCACUAUCACGAUAUGAUAAAAGCAGAAGAAGAUGCCAAAAUCAAUCGGUGUGGUCUGUGGUCAUCCGAUCAGUUUGUAAAGGAAUGGGAAGCCGAAGUCCAAAAUAAUUCAGAUCCCGCUGCUUUGAGCGGUGCAGAGGACGGUAGUCUUAUUCCACUGACUGGUGUCUCAGAAUAUUUGGACGACUUAUCAGAACUACAUCUUAAUGAAAAUAGUGAUUCGACAACUGUGAUCAAUAAUGAUAAUACUAAGCAGUUAUCAUGGAAACCUGUUCAAAUAACCGGGAUCUCCAGACCUGCUUCUGGUAGUCAGGGUCUUCGAUUCUUCGCUCAACACUUAUCAGAUGCGUGCACCCUGGUCAAGAUUAGUCAAAUGUUGAAUAGCCAAUCAUUUCCUUCAUUCCCAUCAGAAUACUACCCUAAAAAAGGUAGUCUGUGUAUUGCAUGUUUCAGUUUAGAUAAUUGCUGGUACCGAGCACGUGUCAUUCGUAGUUCACCCAAAUCUGUUACAGUUCAGUUUAUUGACUUUGGUAAUGAAGAAGUAAUCGAUUCAGCUGAGUAUUCAUCACGCCUUUCUCCUCUUCCAUCUGGCCCACUAAUGCAACUUCCACCACAAAUGAAAGAGUAUCGUUUGGCAUUUGUUCAACUUCCUCCCGAUGCUUCCGAUCGUGUGUUUGCGGAGCGUGCUUUCUGCGACCUCGUUGAAAACAAAGAAUUGAGACUUGCUGUUCAGUACGAAUCAGUACCGUGUGGAAACGAAUCACUGAAACCUGUCCCAGCAGUGACACUAUUGCUACCGGUUGCAGAUCUUAAAACAUCUGGGUCAUCUGUCUGUCCAAACGACAUAGACAUCAGUGAGUCACUGUUGUCUAAUGGUUUGGUCUGUGUUGAACCUAUCCAGCCUCAGCUUCUUAAACGACUACCACGCAAUCUGCUCCACAAGUAUCUAGAUGCGCAAGCACUAGCAAAGAAAGAACGUAAAAACAUUUGGCGAUAUGGUGACUUUCGUGCAGAUGUGGAACAGCUGUGAUAUACAUUGCACAACAAUUAGAACUAAAUAUGUGCCUUUAAAAUACCAGCUGAAUAUGAACGACUACCGUCCAACAAUAGCACCAACCUUAUGCUCUGAUUCAUUUUGUCUGUUUCUUACUAUAUGUUUUAAGAGUACACUUGAUUGUUGUGUUUGUUUUGGAAUAAUUCUAGGAAUUUCAGGUAGCUAUUCUUCCUUUUUUUCAAAAUGUAAAAAGUGGGUUUACUUUAGUUUGUCAAUAUCUAUGAUAUUCUUGUUGUUCAUUGGACUCCCUACGUACAAUGUAAAACUAAUGUUAUGAAAACCAGUUUUUGUUAGUAAACUACUUUAAUUUCUAACUUUAGUCACUUGUAUUUUCGUUUUUCUUGCCAAAUGUUUUAAACUAUUAUAUCUGUGGCAAUUGUGUUAAUUAUACGAAAUUAUGCUUCUAAAUAUUUCUGUACUCAGUAAUGUAUGUUUACGGUGAUAAACUGUGAUUUUGUUUUGUAUGGUUGCAUUUAAAUGAUCACAAUACGCUACAUGCAUCUUCAUGAAACUUG